AUGGCAACAAUGUUUGACUACCUCAGCAUGCAUGACAAGAACAUGUCCACUCUACGUGUGGGAUCACCCAGUGCUGAUCUACGUCUCAGGUGUGGUGACCUCAUGCAAAAAGCAGCAAUGGGGGUUCAUAGGAAAGAAAAUUAUGCAAACAUGUUCCAGUAUGGCCCCCAUGGUGGUUCAUCAGCUUUCAAAACUGAACUCGCAAAGUUUCUCAGUCAGGAGUAUAAUACUAGAGUGGACAGUGAGGAUAUUUGGGUCAAUGCUGGUGCAACGCAAGGUUUACAAUGUAUUGGAAACCUCCUGUUUCAGCCUGGUGAUGUAGUAUUUGUGGAAGAACCCACAUAUCAUAUUGCUCAAUUAGUCCUAAAGAAUGAUCUUAGCAUGAAUGUGGUUGGUGUUCCGAGUGAUCAAGAUGGAAUGAUAGUUGAUGAGUUUGAAAAGCUGUUGUCACAGUAUAGUCAUCAGAUGAGACCAGCAAAAGAAAGAAAACCUUUCUCUGGUUUCCUCUACUGCAUUCCAACUUUCAACAACCCUACUGGUUCCAUUCUGCCAGAAGAACGGUGUAAAAAGCUUGUUCAACUGUUGCGUAAAUACAACCUGCUUGCUUUGUGUGAUGAUGUGUACAACUUGUUGUCCUAUUCUCUUGAUGAGCCUCCACGAAGGCUCUUUUCGUUUGACGACAAAUCUGAUCCAGAUUACAAGGGUAAUGUUAUCUCCAAUGGGUCAUUUUCGAAACUGCUGGGCCCUGGCUUGCGUCUGGGUUGGAUGGAAGCUCCUGAAAAAGUGCGAAAGAUUUUACAGUCAAGCGGCUAUGCCAGGAGUGGAGGGUGUGUUAAUCACUACACCUCCUGCAUUGUUGCAAUGGCAUUACAAAUGGGUCUUAUGAAGGAGCAUUUGACCUUCAUACGAAAGGCUUAUUAUAACCGAUUAAACAUUUUAUGUAGUGCUCUUGAAAAGUACCUUCCUUGCCCCUAUACGUAUAAGAAACCACUUGGAGGCUUUUUUGUUUGGGUAGUUCUUCCUUCUGAGGUUGACUGUGAUAAGUUGUAUGACAUCUGUUUUGAAAAGUACAAUGUUGACUUCAACAAAGGCUCUGCUUUUUCUUCCUCAGGUCAGUUUAAGAAUUGCAUGCGACUCACCUUUGCAUUUCAUGAUUGUCCUGUGAUUGAUCACUGUGUAAAGCAAAUAGCUUCAGCAAUAAAAGAAAUAUUAAGCUGAUAAACACUUCCUUACUUACUGGUAUUUACAAAGUAGCACAUAAAAAAAAAAACAAGACAAACACUGAAAGAAACAGCAAAAAAUAAGCCAUCAAGAUUUACCACAAAGGCUCAAUUCAAGAUUUGAGAUAAGUUCAAAAGUUUCUGACAGUACUGAUGAUUAUCUUGUGCUAUUGGCUAACCUUUAUAAGACUGUCCAAGUUGUGAGAUUUAUUUGACCCUAGUACUUAUUUAAGGAGGGUUUUUCUAACAUUGAAUCUUAAACCAAAAGUGACUUCUGAUCUCAGCUUAAGUUUCUUAUAUCAGUGCUUGUGUAAGAGUCUCGAGCUUCUCCCGUAAAAUGAAGUUAGAACAUGUUUUUUUUUACCUUUUUCUACUACAUUUCUUCACAAGAUUUCCCUUGUGUUCCUCAUUUUAACUUGGGACAUUUUGGAAGGAGAAUUAAGCAAUUUAUCAGAAGUUACAGUGGAUUAUUUUCCAGGAAAAGAAAAGACUUUGACAGAUUAGUACUUAUUUUGAAAUUUUUGAAUUGAAUUUAAUGAUCAGUGCAUUAUGUGGUUCCAUUUAAUCAACAUUGGAUAGCAAUAAUAGUUUAUCUAGGUGUACAUAUUUGGAUUAUUUACAUGCUGUCAGAACAGUGAUUUUAACACUUAUCCACCACCUCGAAGCAAAAUAAGUUUGUUUUAUUUUUGUUUGUUUCCAUUUAUUUAUUGAUUUGUUUCAAUAGUAACAGGUGCAACAGAUUGAGAGUUCUUCUUUUAGUUUGUCUUAAACGAUUUCUUUAUAUUACUUUCAAUAUCAUAGUUUUUGAGAUGUACCCUUUGAAUAUUUAUAGAUCAUGUUUAAAAUACACUGGCAUUUUUUUAAAAAAAAUGGCUGGUGGGAAGCUCGAAUGAAAUUUUCAUUUAUUUAAUUUGAUAGCAAAAUUGCUGUGAAUGGUAAGAAUCAAGUCUUUAUGAUAUUAUGCAAUAUUUUAGGGCAUGAAAGAAAAUGAGGGGGUAAAAUAUGCAGUCUCUUUUAGAAAAAUGAUAUUGAUAAUAAUAUUCUUGGAAAAGGUAAAGUUGAAUAAAAUACUUUGUUGAAUUUAUCCCACCUAAAAUACAAAACUGCACAAUGUAUGUCAAGAAAUACGUAGAAUAUAUAUUUUAUAGCUAUUUCAAGAAAAUUAAGUGCACAGGACAAUCCCAAAAGGUAUUUUGGUUGGUUUUGAGUUCACUGUUCUUCAAAGAAAAUUGAACGAAUAGCACGAGAGCAGGGGCGUAGCCAGGAUUUUUCAAAGGGGG